AUGAAAUGUUAUGAAUGUUCUGGAAAGAUUAUCAUUAAAACAGAUCCUCAACAUGCAACCUACGUUUGUGAGCAAGGCUUGAAAUGGAAAACUCAACCUCUGCUCAACGUUCAAGCCUCAUCAUCUUCAUUGUUGGGCAAUUCAUCAGGUACUGUUGAUGAACAACAAGAAAUGUACAUUAUUGGUGAUGAGGAUUUUGCUAAUAAGGAUGCCAUGGAGAAAAUGCAACAUGAACAAGAGGACUUGGAAAAAUCAGAACAUGCCAUUCCUAUUUUGCAAUCGAUUAUCAAAAUGAAUCAAACACGAAGCGGUAAUGAUUUUGAAUGUAAUUCGAGGUUGCGAAAUGCUCAUCGUAAAUUGAGAAAAUCCGAGAAGAAGACUUGUGAGGAACUGUCAAAACGAGUGGGUUCAUUCUAUGUCAAUGAAAAUACUCUGAAAAGUGUACUUCCCGAGGAGACGUUGGAAGAUGGUAUCAUUGCCAAGCAAGAAAUAUCCUCUCGUCAUGUCAAGAAGAGUAACACAUUACAAGGAAGAAAUGCACAGGACAGCUCAAUAUUCAGCAAUAACAACAACUCUACCAAUCGUCACAAUGCACACAUGAAAUCAAUGUUGAAACGAAUCCAUCAACCUGGAGUCGUGCAAUCGUUAGCACAAGAAUUGAAAAAGCGAAAAUAUGCAACCAUGACCGAUCGUCAUGCGACUAAUCGUCACGAAGACACAGAUACAAACACCAAACCACAACUUGAACUUUCUCACAACGACCAUACCAAAAACAAGCCUAAAAAGAAUAAUUCAGAGCAAAAGAUAGCUCUAUCUGGUUUGCAAAAUAUGUACGCUUCCGAUUCAGAUUAG